GUCCCCUCCCUUCUCUUGCGAGGCUCCUCGACUCCAGAAACAGUUCGCAGUAAGAGGUUUACCUGUUCUUAUACUAACGAGAGAAGCUGACGCCUUAACGGUGGACUAUAGACAGCUCCGUGAUUAUUCCUUGUGGAAAUAUAGCUAUUCAUGUACAAGACCUCCAAGCCUAGCGUUUUGAUGCCACAUUCCCAAAGCAACUGAGCCUCGUCAGAGAAUCGGCAGACAUAAAGGCAGACAAAGGAUUCUUCAUCUUCAGAGAGGCCAAAAGAUAAGGAAGAAGGGAGGCUUUGAAGCUGGAACACCCACCACCCUUACUGAAUAAUGGUGACUUUUUGAGAGUGUGUUGAUCUCCGGUCAAGGCCUACAUGCCACUGUGAUCACCAGGAAGUGGACAAAGUAAGGACACGGAUAAACAAUAAAAAAAUCACUUUUGUCUGGCAUAUCAUUAAAAGGAGGUGCAAAUCUUAUCACUGAGAGACGAUCCCCUCACACACUGAAUUCUGGGAAACAGAAUGCCAGCUAAGACGCCCAUGUACUUAAAGACUACCACACCAAAGUGGGGGAAGAAGCUCAAGCUGCGAGACGUCUUGUCCAGCGACAUGAUUAGCCCCCCGCUAGGGGACAUGCGCCACAGUGCCCAUGUCGGGCCGGAGGGGGAGGGCGACAUGUUCGGAGACGUGGGCUUUUUGCAGGGCAAGAUGGACAUGUUACCCUCCCUGAACGGCUUACCACGGUCCCACAGUAUGGAGAGGCAUUUGGAAGAGGCCUACCCCAUGAACGACAAAGGAUCCAACCACUCUUGUAACAACCACCGCAACCCCUACCACCACUCCACCAGCAUGCUGAAGAGCACCAUCUCCAUGCCUGUGUUCAUCGCCCAUGAGCAGGCCCCGCCCAAGCCACCUCGACUUCACCUGGAGGACUCAACCCCCCCGUCCCAGCAGCAACAGUACCAACCUCAGCCAAACAACCAUAACCAAAACCAGCAGAACAAUUACUCUAUUUCUGUGUGUGACCAGGGUGUCGGCUGCUACAUGGACCCCUGCCACAACCUUAGCUACUCUGCCUCCUUCAGGCACAUGGUGCCCUCCUCCGGCUCCUUCUCAGAGGUUUCCUCAGAGGACUCCAUGUCAGAGAGCUGUGGCCCGCUGGACCCUCGGAGGGGGCUGAGCCUGGAUUCAGACGCUGGCCUGAGCAAUGAGGACCUGGGGAGCGAGCGGAGUGAGUCGCCCACCGUGUUCCCUAGGUUCUCUCCCGGCGUCUCCCGCUCAGAGUCCCUGAUGGGCUUGGAUCUGGACCUGGGGCCGUCCAUCCUGGAGGACGUGCUGAGGAUCAUGGACCGCUACAAGAGCAUUGAUGAUCGCUGUGAGUUGUGAGCAGAGGGAGGAAAGCGGCUUAGACACCGCUGUGCAGAGAGGUGUCUGGGACACUUUUAUUGCCAUCCUCCAUAUAGCCUAAUGAUGAUUGGUCUGGUCCAACAAACAGACAGAGACAGAGGAUAGUGCCAGGACUGACGGACACAAACGCUGGGACUGUGAGACUAUAUAAUAUCCAGACUGGAUACACAGCAGCUUCAGAACCAACCAUUUGUCUUUUGAUAUUCAGAUUCACAAUGGUGGAGAGACAAUAAUUUCUCCCACCCAAAUGCUGUCUACAUUUUCGCAGACUAUCAUUUUACAUGUUUUUCAGCAUUUCACUAUUGUUAGGGUACAUAAAUCAUACUUCACUAACUCCCUAAGUAAGCUCUGUGGUUUUCUGAUAGGAUGAAAUGUAGUUGCCUCAAAAUACAAUUCAUGUGCUUUUGAUAUUCUUACAGGCACACAUUUUUUAAAAUUCUGUGUGUACCUCUGUGAGGAAUUUGACUGUUUUAUGUCAGUACAACACUGUCAAGAAUGGAGUAUUCUAUGUAUUAGGUUGCCAUCUAGUGGCAGAUGUAAUGACAUCCAAAAUGCAACCGUUCUAGCAGGGCAAAACUGAGGUCAAAAUGUUUUUUUGUGUGCAUUAGAAUCAAAGUAUGAGAAAUGUGCAGCUUCUUCAAAAUCCUUUAAAUAUAGUGGGAUAACCAGAGAAAGUUCAUAUUUUGUAACAGCGGUGCAAUUUCUGGAAUUGCAUCACAUCCCUCAGCAUUUUAUUAUAUUGUAUUGAUAUAUUAGUGUAUUUCAAAUGGUUAUGUACUGUAUAUUACUGUAAUGUAUUAAAUCAAUAUGUACAUUA